CACACUAAGGGUGGGUUUGGAACCUGCAGGCUCCAGAGUGCAGGAUUCCGGAAGAGCAGGCAGCUGCAGUUCAAGUGGGCUCAGUAUUGCUGCGAAGCUCACCUGCAAGCUGCGGUAAAAGUAAGGAAGGAAACCAGUUCUGCAAUGUGGAACCCCAAUCAAGGUCAUCCAGGAGCCUGCCCCCCGGGGGGUCCCAUGCCCCCUAACCCUGCCUACCCUCCCCAGGUAUGCCCCCAAGGCCCGGGUCCAAUGCCCCCCCCUGGGAUUCCAGGUCAGCACCCCUACCCCGGUCCUGGAUCCUACCCGGGACCCUACCCUGGGGGUCAGCCCUGCCCUCCCGCUUACCCUGGAGGUCAGCCCUGCCCUCCCGCUUACCCUGGAGGUCAGCCCUGCCCUCCUGCUUACCCUGGGGGUCAGCCCUGUCCUCCAACCUACCCUGGGGGUCAAGCCCCCUACCCCUGCCCCCCAGGAGGGAUUCACCCAGGACACCCCCCUGGAUGUGGGGAUGACCACCACAAGAAGAAGAAGAAGGAAAAAAAGGCUCACAAGGAACAUAAGCAUGGAAAACACGGGCAUGGCCCGCAUGGGAAGCAUGGACCGCAUGGGAAGCAUGGACCACAUGGGAAACAUGGGAAGCAUUCCUCCAGCUCUAGCAGCAGCAGCAGCGAUUCUGACUGAUCUGGACAGAAGGACAGAACCAGGAAUCUACUGAAGACAGGCGCCGACACUGAACUGCACGCAUCAUCUAUUUACUAUACAACACAGAGAAACUAACACCAAUCAUGUUGAGCAGGAGCAAAUUAACAAGCACAGACUUGCACUAUCGCUGCCAACCAGCAGGGCGCGCUGUCCCACCCAGUAACGGGCUUUGUUUUAACCCCUGGUUGUCUUACCGUGUAAUUUUAUAGAGGUGGUUUUGAUAUUAGCAUCGAGUUUGUAUUUUUUUGGGGGGGAGGGGGUGUUAAGCUACUUCUGAAUUGUUUUUUUUUUUUAGUAUGAAGUGGGAUUAUUAUUAUAAUUAUUAUAAUUAUUAUUAUUAUUAUUAUUAUUAAUGCAUUGGGAUGGGAGCCUGAAUUUGGAGUCAUAUGGUGAACCCACCCAUAUCCGCUUAGAUGACCACGUACACACAGGGUGUCUUCUUUCUGUGAUUGCUGUUUGAUGCUUACUUCUGACCUGCUGAAUGAAUAAAGGAGAUCUGUAGCCAUCCCA